GAAUACACUAAGAUACAUAAUUAUAUUUAUUGGUUUUUGAUUUUGAUGAACGAUGUUGCCAUGGUUACUAAGAAUAGAAAUUUCUGAGGAAAGCAUUCAAAAUGGCUAGCUCGACAAGAUAAUUGAAUUUAACUUUUUUCAAAUGGCUUGUUUGUACACAUGUAUCAGUAUAAUAAUAAUAUUCAAAGCAUAUCAUUGAGGGAGUCGGCAAGAUUCCAGUUCCCCUGGAGCAAGCCUAUUGUUUCCGCACAAGCGCUUUGGGAAAUUAAUAGACUUACUCUUGGGAAACUGGGAUCUUGCCGACUCCCUCAAUGAUAUAUACUUUAACUGUACAGUGAAUAAACAAAUCCUGUGCAUUUGUCAAGCAAGAUAUUCCUAGCUUUGAAAGCUGAUUCCAAAUUAUAUUCUUAAAACAUUUGCCUAUUUUUUUUUUGUAAUACUUUAAUUAGAUUUUACAUAUAAUUAAUGAAUAAAAAUGAUGUUCCAGAUGUUUUGUGUGGAGUGUGGGACAUGCCUAAAUGGCCUUGCCAAAUUUUGUGGCCACUGUGGGGCCCAAGUUCAAGUAGAUAAAAAUUCAGUUCCCACCUGCUCCAGUCAAGCAAUGGAAAUUGAAAGCCUCUCACCAGAUGCGAAGAAAAGCUUAGCUUUUCUUAAAGCUAAAUAUUCCCCUGCACUAAAGAAAGAGAAGAAAGAGAAGAAAGGUGCUAAAAGCAGUACUGAUAUGAUUAAUGAAAUACAAAUGCAAAUUUUGGAUGGGAAGAAGAAAGCUCUGAAAAGAGCUUUCCCCAGUGAUACAGGACUGACAGGGGCUCUGAAAUUGACAAUUAAUCCAGCAGAAAAUGCAACUGAGUGGAUGAGAAGAUUGAAUGGUAAAUUUAGUGGUAAGAUCAACUUCAUUCCAUACAUUAUGGGGCCAGCGGGUCUAGAAGAAAUAAAUGAGCCCGAGGAAUUCAACGUCAAUAGUCUUGCCUCCUUAAAAACACAAAAGAAGACUACUGGUACCUUAAAGAUGUAUGCCUUGGCAAAAGGCAAAGGAAGAGCAGAAAUUAUGGACAGUUUCAAUAACUGCACACAGAUAUCUGAUGAAACAGACAGUGAGUCCUCAGAAAUGGAUUUUGUAAUGGAAAAGUCAAAGACAGAAUUACCACAAAUUUUGUCCAAGAAAAUGAGGAAGAGGAAAAUCCCAGCAGCUAAGCCAGUGGAAGAAUAUUCAAUACAUAUUUCUGAUGAUUCUGACCUACCAGACAUACCUUUAGAUAAUACAGAUUCAAAGUGUCACUCGAAUUUCAAACCCACUUCAAAGAAAGGUUACUCAGUGGCAACUAUUAGCAAAGAAGAUGAAAUACAGAAUUUCAAACCCAAGUCAAAGAAAGAUUCUUGCUCAGUGGCAAGUAUUAGCAAAGAAGAUGAAAUACAGAAUUUCAAACCCAAGUCAAAGAAAGAUUCUUGCUCAGUGGCAAGUAUUAGCAAAGAAGAUGAAAUACAGGAAAGUGCUUGCUCUUCUGAUACGGCUUGCUAUGAAGAUGAAAUACAGUUGACAGAGUCGCCUAAUUCAUAUUUUGAGCAAGGAAAAUCCCAUUUCUCACCUGAGGAGGAGAUCAUAGACGAGGAGAUGAAAAGGCUCUUUGAUGUCAUGGAAAUGAAGAUAAAGAGAAAGAAGAUGGCUGAAGAUGCUGUAAUUUCUUUCCCGAACAAAGAAGAUCGUAAGUUGGUCACAAUCAUUUACGAAGAUCAUGGAGGCAUGUCCCUUACGAGACCUUUCAACAAAGAUGACACUCUGCAGAGUGUUUUUACAUACAUCUGCAGAGAGGUAGAUGCUGAAAUACUGCCCCCAGCUUUCCACCUCGAAUGCACUUCACCAUUGAAGUGCCAGGAUGAAGGCUGUCGACAUUGCUUUGAGCUGGAGGCAACUUAUAAUAUGCCAAUUGCCUCUGUUCCAGAUGUACUUAUUCUUAAGGAAGGGAAUUUCUUAAUGGAUGACACCCUGACAAAUUAUGGAAAUGUACUCAUGUAAGGUCCCUGUAACUUUUAUGAUACAUGUCAUAUGUGCAUUAAAUGAAUAUUGUUAUGUUCAUUAUUGUAAGUUUGUUAUAAUACAAAUUGUUUAUAACAUUUCUUACUGACAUUGCUGUUUGAGAGGAUUUUUUUGGUAUUAAAUUGCUUGUAGUAUUCCAAUCAAUGUUGAAUGCCACCUUGAUUGUAGAAAUAAUUUUUGCAGUGAAAUGCUACAUUUUGUGAUGCCCUUGCAAGUUAAAGUUAAGGUCAAGCUCAAGUAAAUAACUUUAGACUAAAUUUUUGGUGCUAGAUCCAUUAUGACGUCAUAAUCAAUUUCAACUCUUUUUUUCCCGUAAUUUACAGCUUAAGCAGAAUUAUGUAGAAAAUAGGGUAUUUUAUGACAUUCAAUUUGAAAUCAUAUGAAAAGUAAACCGGAUACCUAUAUAGGCCAUGAACAUACAAAUUACCGUUUUCUGAACGACUGUAGGCAAUCUAGAUAAAUUUUCUUUGUCGAAUAUGAAAAGAACUCCCAUAAUCAUGAAUGGUUUUCUUAAUUUUUCAUUGAAAAUGACAAUUUAAAGUACAGUUUUUUUGUCUUGUUUUCCUACAAAUUAUGCCACGAAACACCUUAUUAGACCAAUCUAAUGUUCUAAUGCAUUAAUAAAGAAAUUUAUUUCUCAAAUUUGAUAAAUCUGUGGGCACCUUUCAUUUACUAGAUCUUGACCUUAAACUGAUGUUGUAAGUCUGGCAAGCCAAUUGUUAGAAAAAAAUGUAUUUUGCAAAGGAAUGAGUUGAAAACAUUGUAAAUUGUAAUGACAAUUUAUUUAAUUGUUUACAGUUGUAUCAAAGACUGGUCUUUCUCAAAUGUGUUAUCAAAAAGAAAUAAAAGUCACUCAUUUGUAAUAUUAUAGGUUUUUUUUUCCACUGAAUAUUAUAUAAAUAAUAAUUCUUUACCUAUAAAAACUCAUCAACCUGAGCUUCAAAUGAUAUUUGAUUUUUUUUCUUAUUCAGAUGAUUAACUUUUGAUCUGUCACAAUGGGUUAUCAUAAUUUGUUCUCCUUUGUUAGGUCACUUGGUGACCUAUUGCUAUCCAUUGCCUCUUCCAGAUUUGUGAAUUUCAGGACCCCAGUAUCAGGGGUUUUGUUGUUAGGGCAGGGCUCUAAUAAUUAUUAAUUAAAAUACAUGAUCUUAUUACAUAUUAAUGAUGAGGAAAGGUGCCUCUUCCAAAAUGCUUAUUUUCAGGGCAUCUGGGUCAGGUUACUUGAGGUGGGGAUUACAUAGUCUGAAAAUUAAUUAAUGCUUUGAAAUCUUCUUUUUGGUAUUAAUCAACUAUUUAUGAUGAAAUUUAUUAGAUUUUUGAAAAACAUAUGUGCACACAGGGUCAGGGAUUUCUGGGGGGGGGAUACACAACUGGUUAUAAAGUGGAAAUGCAUUGUCUCUUUGUUACUCUGAUCUACCUCUUGAUAUUAAGUAAGCAAGCUAAGUGAGUAGUUAUGAUACACAAUAGUGUCUCUUUCAAAAUUUUUAAUGUCUCAGCCUUUGAUUUAAAACAUGAACCGAUUCAUUUGUUGGAAGAUUGUUAUAUGAUAAGGUGACCUAUCAACCCCUUGGACCUCUUGUUUAACAUCUGUUCCUAUUGGUAUUUAUAUGUACUAUUUUUCGUCACAUGAAAAAAGUAAUCAGCUGUCUUGUUUAAUAUACUGUGAAAUCACCAAUUUUUAUGAGGGUUGAAUUUUCAUUGUUUUUGAAGUAUGAAGAGACCCACAAAUUCAUGUCCUGACCAUGAAAUGUAAAUUUACACAUGCACAACUACUAAGAAGUUCUUCAUCCAUGAAAUCAAAUCCCAACAAACCAACUUUUUUUCCCAAACCAUGAAAUUUGACCCAACAGAAAUAUGUGAUUUUACAGUGUUUUGAUGUUUUUAUUUUCCUUUGAUGUGAAUAAAUGUCUUAACUUUUG